GCCGUGGGUGACACGUAAGUUGGGUGGGAGGUGGCGGACCGCUGGAGCUGCCAGAUCAGUGACACCGGCCCACCGGCUCCCUCCUAACCCGACCAGAGCAACCUGUCCCCAUCUCUCCACCCUCCGAGGAGGACCUUGCACGGGGACGCCUCGGGGAACCAGGUCCCUUUGUUGGGCGCGCGUCCCCUACCAGUGGUAGCGACAAAGUCCAGCCAAGGGAGCCGGCGCGAGGGGCGGGGACAGACGGUGGGGACGGCGAGGCCAAGAAGUGUGGAGGAAGGAAAGCAGGGUAGGCGGCGCGUGGGGACCGGCGGCAAGGGCAGCGGGCUCUGAAGUAUGCAAAGGGACCCCACGCGGGCCCAGCCACUCGUGGAGAUUUGACGUCCCAGAAGUUUGGUGGCCGCUGUCCGGGUGGCGUCGAUGUCCUGGCGCCUCGCCAUACGCGGGGGCUGAGCAGCCGCCUCUUCCCCUCCGGCCCCGCUUUUGUGUCUUGCGUCUUCUGCUCAUGCCGAGUCCGGCUACUUCCCGCGGUGGCCGCUGCUGAGCCACCGGACUCAGCCGAGGACAGAGGACACGACGGCGCCCGCCGCCGCCGCAGCGCGGGGCGCAGGAGGGACUAUGGGAAACGGGAUGUGCUCCCGAAAGCAGAAGCGGAUCUUCCAGACGCUGCUGCUACUCACGGUGAUCUUCGGCUUCCUUUAUGGCGCGAUGCUUUACUUGGAACUGCAGACCCAGCUGCGCAAAGCUGAGGCGGUGGCGCUCAAGUACCAGCAGCACCAAGACUCACUCUCUGCCCAGUUGCAAGUUGUAUACGAACACAGAUCAAGACUAGAGAAAUCUUUGCAAAAGGAGAGGCUUGAGCACAAGAAAGCAAAGGAAGAUUUCCUUGUUUAUAAGUUAGAAGCACAAGAAACACUGAACAAAGGAAGGCAAGAUUCCAAUAGCAGAUACAGUGCAUUGAAUGUCCAGCAUCAGAUGCUGAAAAGCCAGCAUGAGGAGCUGAAGAAGCAGCACAGUGAUUUGGAAGAGGAACACCGUAGGCAAGGGGAAGACUUCAGCAGAACAUUCAAUGACCACAAGCAGAGAUACCUGCAGCUUCAGCAAGAAAAGGAACAAGAACUUUCUAAACUGAAAGAAACUGUGUAUAAUCUGAGAGAAGAGAAUAAACAACUAAGAAAAGCUCACCAAGACAUUCACACGCAGCUUCAGGAUGUCAAGCAACAGCAUAAGAAUUUACUCUCCGAGCAUGAACGGCUUGUAGUGACUCUGGAAGACCACAAGAGUGCACUGGCUGCUGCACAGACUCAAGUCGCAGAAUAUAAACAGCUGAAAGACACUCUCAACAGGAUCCCGAGCUUGCGAAAUCCCGAGCCAGCAGAGCAGAGGAACAUUUCCUUUUCCCAGGGGACUCCACAAGGUUACAACGUGAGAGAGAAGCCAACAGGAGAGCUAAGAGAGGUGCCUCUAAAUAACGAGGUGUGGCAGAACCGUGAGGCAGUGCCGAGAAAGACGGAACAGAAAUCUUUCUCGCCCGUGCAGAAGGAAACCGGCUUUCAGGCGCCAGCAGAGCAGAACCACGUGGAACCCAGAGAGCCCGAGGUGCGUCAGGUGGAAGAGGAGCACAGGAAAGCACUGGAAGAGGAGGAGAUGGAGCAGGUCGGGCAGGCAGAGCGUCUAGAGGAGGAACAUGACCCCUCGCCGGAGGAGCAGGAUCGGGAGUGGCGAGAUCAGCGGGGACAGGAUGCUGCCCACCUUCUGGAUGGCCGCCCUCAAGCUGAGGCGGACCAUCCCACCAAGGCAGUGACGAAUUUCCGAUCCCCCUAUGAAGAGCAGCUGGAACAGCAGAGACUGGCAGCAAGGAGGGAUGAGGAAGCCCAGAGACUGAGAGAACACCAGGAAGCUUUGCACCAACAGAGGCUGCGGGACCACUUGCUACGCCAACAGCAGCAGGAGCAGGCCAGGGAGGGGCCUCCGCAAAAGCAGGCAGAGCAUGAAGAAAACCGGCAGCUGCAGCACCCAGAGCAGCUAAGGCAGCAAGUUCAUUACAAUGCCGUGGAGAAUGACGUCGUGCAGGGGGCUGAGGAUCAGGGAAUCCACGAAGAAGAGGGGGGAGCCUAUGAAAGAGAUAACCAACGCCAAGAUGAAGCGGAAGGAGAUCCAGGCAACAGGCAGGAACCUCAUGAACCAGGGCCCCAAGAAGCUGACCCAGAAGCUGAGGCAGAUACGGCAGCUGUGGAGGAUAUCAAUCCAGCAGACGACCCCAACAAUCAAGGGGAAGAUGAAUUUGAGGAAGCUGAGCAAGUGAGAGAAGAAAACCUGCCAGAGGAAAGUGAAGAGCAAAGACCAAGGGAGCCCAAGCGAGAGAAUGCAGAGAUGGAUGAGCACUUGGUGAUGGCAGGGAAUCCAGACCAGCAGGAGGAUAAUGUUGAUGAGCAGUACCAGGAAGAAGGAGAGGAAGAGGUUCAGGAAGAUCUGACUGAAGAGAAGAAAAGGGAAUUGGAGCACAAUGCUGAAGAGACCUAUGGUGAUAAUGCUGAUGAUAAAAAUAAUGAUGGCGAAGAACCAGGAGCUCCAGAUGGUGUCCAUUCCAAAAGAAGAGAGGAGCAUUAUGAAGAGGAGGUAGAUGAGGAAGAAGAGGGGGCCGCUAUCGCUGAGAAAUCACAUCGGAGAGCAGAAAUGUAGCUGGACCCAAUUUCUAGGCUACACUCAGCCAUCCAUUUUUUUUUUCAAGCUGCUCUAAAACAAGUCCCUCCUACUGAAUUCUAGAAUAUUUAAUUACAAACAAAAGUAAGGGUUUGGACUUUUUUAACUUUUAUAUUAGAAAUGCUAUACAUUUAUAUGAAUAUAUUUUGAUAACUUAGAACUUCUUUUAUAGUCAAGUUAAACAUGGAGAAGAAGAAAAACAAUAAGACAUGCCUUCAGGUCUGACUCUCACUCCUCAGAGACGGUGUGAUGUUGGAAAAUGCUUGGCUUUGGUGCAUGUCUCAGCUCGUUACUUUUUUCUUUUCUGGCUUCCAGGGAGUCUACCGUUUAUAUUGGAUAAAAGGCAGGAUUGGAUUUAGAAACAAGGUAUACUGAAAAACACUGUGCAAAUGUCGAGGGAAUGACCGAUAGCCUAGUGGCUAUUCCUGCAGGUUCUUAGGUACGGCUCUGAUAGGAUGUCACUGCUACAGGCUGUCUGGAAAUGAGAUCCAUCUGCGUCUUUGACACGUAAUUGGAAAGCUUUGUGUGUGUGUGUGUGUGUG